UGACCAAUCGGGACCAAAAAAAAUCUUCUGUCCUCCUUUGUUACUUUAUUUCUCAAUAAGGAGAAGACGGAAAAGUCCAAAAAGAGCUGAAGAAGAGAAGCGAGGGACUGAAGAGGAGUUGUAAUCUUAUGCUUUCGGAGUACGAGUUGCGCGUCGUAUGUCUUUUCAUAUAUACAUCUUAUUGUCGAAAUAACACAGGCACGCCCAAUAUUUAAUAAACAAUUAAUACAAGUUGAUGUACUAUGAAUCGAUUGGAUGAUCCGCCGGGGCUCAUGAAAGGCAGAAAACCAUCUUUCAUUGGAAUGAACGGUGGGAUGAUUGCUUGUAAUCGGGCCCCGGAGACAGAUGAUCAACAACGAUUACGGUUUCAAGUUGAAUUAGAGUUUGUGCAAUGUCUCGCUAAUCCCAACUAUUUAAACUUUUUAGCGCAACGUGGCUACUUUAAAGACUUGACAUUUAUCAAUUACCUCAAGUAUCUAUUAUAUUGGAAAGAGCCAGAGUACGCAAAGUAUUUGAAAUACCCUAUGUGUUUGUAUUUUUUGGAUUUAUUGCAAUACGAGCACUUUAGACGGGAAGUUGUGAAUUCUCAGUGCACAAAAUUUAUCGACGAUCAACAGAUUUUAUUGUGGCAACAUUACACGCGACGUCGAACGAGACUGUUGCAAACGGCUGCUGAACAAACGCAACAUAUCAAUCCUCAGAAUAAUGGUAUUGCGCAACCCAAAGUUCCCUGAAAUUUCAGUUUUGAUCAUGUUUGUUUCACAUAUUCGGAAAACUGAACAUAGAUUUUUACAUUUCGCACGAUCCUUCCGAUAUGAUUUCAUAUUUGUCUAGAAGAAGUGAGAAAUUAUGCUGUUUGACUGUGAUAAUUUAUGGAUUUUCUCACAUUUUUAUAUAUUAAUCAAAUAAUAUCUCUUUUACAUACAAA